AUGGAUAAAGCCGGCUUCGAAACCCGGCCCAACAAAAUCGGGCAGGACCCGAUAGUUGCCCCCGACGCCGGCCACACCACCGUCUUCCAGAUCCCGAUUCUGCUGCCAUCAGAUUCUCGGGCCGUUCGCAUCCUCUCGAAAUCUCUGCUAUUCGCCAUGUUCCUCCUCUCCUUUCCCUCCAUCUACACCCUCAUCAAGCGGGCCUCCUCGCACGAGCCCGAGAACUCCAACAAUACCUUCAAACUCCUACCCAUCUUGCUCCGAAACCUAAUGGAAGAAGGCCUCAUCAAGAACGGCCAAACGGGCCUCGCCUUGGGCGGCCCGCACAACCUCGACAACAACGAUCUCGACUUUCUCAAAGACGCCGGCAUCGACCUCCUCUCCGGGGCGGCGGUCGAUUCUCCACAAGCUCGGGCAUUCGAUUUCGUGUUGGUCCCGAGUUUCGGGCAGGUGGGCCUCGCGGAUAGGCUCGUCCGCGAAAACGGGCUCGUCGUGUCGUCCCUGGGCCGGGACCCGCCCGCGGGCCUGCGCCUGCUGAGCAACUACCGGAUCGUGUACCUGAGGCGGCUGGAGAGCACGGUUGUGGGCCUGAGGAGGAGCGGGGGGCCCGCGAAGGGCCCGGUUUGCGGGGCGACUUCUUCGGAGGAGAAGAGGGAGGCGCUGAAGGGGUUGGAGGACGUGUACUUGGAGCCGGUGCCGAGACGGGCGGCGGGGAGGAAGAUGAGGUUCUUGCCGGAGCUGGUGAAGGAGUCGCUGGCAGAGUACCCGAGGAGGGUUUUUGUGUCAGGGGAUGAUUCGGGGGCGGUGGAGUGGUUUUAUGGGAACUACCCGACGCAGGGUCAGGAGUUCGAGGUUUAUAAUAGUAUGGAGGAGAUGGAAGUGAAGAUGGAGGAUUAUGUGGUGAUGAAGGCGGAGGCGGGGGUGGUGGAGGAGAUGCUGAGGGAGAAGAGGCUGUGUUUGGUGGAUGAGUUGUUUUUGGAGUGCAGGAAUCAGUGGGUGGACGGGGCGGGGGAGAAGAGGGCUUAUUGGGAGUGUCUGAGUUUGUAUGGGAAAGUGAGGGAUGAGGGGAUUGCUGUGCACCAGUGGUGGGAUUAA